AUGGGCGCCAGCGCCGUGCCGGGCGUCCGCCGCUCCGCGCGCUUGAUGCAGGAGCUUCCUGUCGCAAAGCGAGAGAGGCCAGUAACAGGAGAGAGGCCAGUCGCAAAGCGAGAGAAGCGCAGGGAGGUGCCGGACACUAAGCGCGAGAAGGCCAAGGCGUUCGCCACCGCUGCCCACGCCUCGACCGCUCGCGAGGCGUCCGCCCGGGCGGACGGCGUGGAACUCAUCGUCGGGUGCGACGAGGCGGGGCGGGGCCCUCUUGCCGGGCCAGUCGUCGCCGCGGCCUGCGCCUUUUCGCCGGGAGCCGAACCGAUUCCGGGCGUCGGCGACUCAAAGAGCAUCGCCGACGAGGCGGAGCGCGAGGCGCUGUACGAGCAGAUCGUCGCGGCGCCAGGCGUGGUGUGGUCCGCGCGCGUCGUGAGCGCGGCCCGCGUCGACGAGGUCAACAUCCUCAUGGCAUCGCUCGAGGCCAUGAGGCUGAGCAUCGUGGACGUGCUCGGCGCGAGCCAGCGCCGGCCGGCGACGGCCCUGGCGUUGAUCGACGGCCCGUUCUCGCCCUGGAAGGAGGGCGAAAAGUACGUCGACUUCCAGCAGCCACAGCCGCCGUCCGAUGUAGCGCUUCAAGUGGAGCCGAUCAAGGGCGGCGACGCCAAGGUGUACUGCAUUGCAGCGGCGUCGAUCCUCGCAAAGGCGCUCCGGACCCGCCUCGAGAGCCGCGCGAGCUCCGAGGCCCUCCCGGGGCGCGAUGUCCCCCAUGACGCCGACUCCCCUCCACCGGGCAGGCACGUGGCGGCGAUCGCCAAGCACGGCGCCACCGCCAUCCACCGGCGCACCUUCGCGCCGCUCAAGGCGCAGGAGUUGCCACCGCCGUCCGCCGACGAGCUUCGGCAGAUCGAGGCCAUCGAGGCUGCGGCGCAGGCGAAGGAAGGCACUCCGUAG